GAAACCAUACAUACACUCUUUUAACCGGAAAUCAAAAUGGCUGCUACUUUCUCGACGCCAUAGAUUUAGCGAGUCAACUCUCCAUGUUUUCGCCUCAUUAUGAUUUACUGAAAGUACAACUACAAAAUUCGUGUCGUAUUAUGAACUGUUUGACGGAAGCUUCAGAAGCAAUAGGAGCUUUCGACGUUGCGGACGAAUUAUUAUGAAUCUUGACCCGCUGUCGUUCGCUCUUUCGCAAAUCACUUACGCUGUUGCGAAUUUGAAUAAAAAAAAUUAUAAGCAUAGCGUCAGUGAGAUUAAUAAUCUAAUAGCGAGUCACGGUAACGAAGCCUAUACUCACUUGUUUCGGUGCCUCUUUGCUUAUAUUGACUUGUCUUUUGACGCGAAGAAUGGUGGUAAGGAUAACCACCAGAUUCAGCUGUUAGUUCAAGAAAUCCACGCGCUACUCGUUAAACCAAAUUUGCCUUCUGUUCUCUGCUCGGCUUUAGAUAAUCCAAUUAGUAAUAAGGAAUUAAUUAUCACCCAGCAGCUGCUUACGACUCUCUCCAAGCAACUACAACUGAAUAGUAUUGAAGAGAUCGCGUUCAGCUUAUCGCUUUUGCAUUCGUCUAAUUCAGAAACAAAGAAGAACGCUUCUUCAUUUGCAAAAGCAAAGUUAUCAAACCUUAUCCAGUGCGUGUCUGCCGAAGAAGAUAUUAAAAACGCUGAUAUCAGUAUCUUGCAAGAAGUCUUACUGCUGGACGAUUCUAACGUACUGAAAGAGUUUAUCAUAAAGAAUAUAGGAGACAAUCGCACAAGUUUUCUACUUGAUUCAAUUCAUUCUUCAGAAAUAUCUCUUGACGCACCUUUGCCUCAUACAGAAAUGUCAGAACCAUUUACAGAGUCUACUCUGGCAAAAGCCAUACGAGAGAUUGGCUAUGUAUUUACAUCUUCGGUGGAUGAAUGCAAGAGAACUUUAACUCAAUUUGAUAGCCGUAGCAUAACGGCUGAGAGUGUUGCUCGAGUGUUGGGAAUGAUGGCCAACAGUCUGGGCAACUUAAAAGCAGACGAUAGUAUUUCUUUGAAUGCUCUUGGGGGAAGUCCUUACACAGAUGGACCGGAAGUUCAUACUUGGAAAGGAAUUGUCUUUGCAAGAACUGUCCAGGAAGUAUCUCCUCAUAUCAACUUUCGAGACGUUGUGGCCAAACUAGAUUAUCCCUAUUUCAACGUCUCUACUGUAGAUGGUCUCAAACUAAUUGUUCAAGCGAUUACUUUGAGUAUUCCAUUCCCUGUUGACCUGCUCUUUCGACCUUGGGAAAAUACUGAAGGCCAGCUAUCAAUAAUUGCUUUAUGUGUGAAAUACCCAAAGGUCUUGAAAAUCUUUGACAAUCCAGUUAAAAGCGUUGCAUUGGAUGUAUUGAAAACUCAACCAGACGAGGAGAUUGUAUCUGUGUGGAAAUGCUUAGAUAUACAUGAAGUUCUACUAAGGAUAUCAGAACAGUUUUAUCCAGAAAGCAAAGAGCUUUUUAAGUUUCCGGCUCAAAAUUGUCCAGAAGUUCUUAUCUUGGCUCUGUUGCAAGUUCCAUUCUGGAAUAAAUUGAAGCACGAUCUGAUCAAACAACUCUUUCCACACUUUUUGAACAAUCAUGCUAACUCAACACCUAUCUUACAGUAUGCAUGGAAUGUGAAUGGAAAGGCUCAGGAAAUGCUGAUAAUGAGUAUGCAGGAGUACUAUAUCAGAGGUGAACAACAAGAUCAGACUUUAGGAAGGCUAUUAGAUGUAGCCCAAGAUUUGAAAGCAUUAUCUGUACUGCUAAAUCUUAAACCAACCAUGUUUGUCAUUGAUUUAGCGUGCUUAGCUAGUCGCCGAGAGUAUCUCAACAUGGGGAAAUGGUUAAGUGAUAAAUUAGUUGAACAUGAGGGACAAUUGGUAGACAUGUGUGUUAAUUUUCUGAAACAAAAAUAUCCAAUGCUACAUAAUCCUCAUGAAGAACCAAAAAUGAAGAAUCUAAUAUUGACUGUAGAGCAAGUUUUGAAUAUGACCAAAAUACUGCAGGAAUUUUGCUUACAAAGGCAUGCUAUUAGUAAUGAAACGAAGCAAAAUGUAGAAACCAUUUAUCAAAACGCUAAUAGAGUCUUCAGUAAAAUGUAUUCUCCUGGAGUACCUGGUCACUCCUCGCCUAAGUUGCCCCAUGCGAUGCCGCCUGUUCAAAACAAUUUAAUAAGUCCAUCUCUCCAGCAACCUAGCUCUCACGUUUUGAAACACGUGCCAUUUGAUUCUGCCGUAACUUCAGUCGUUGGUCUUAAAGGCACCACUUCUGGUCCUCAACAUAAUACCACUAAUACAACGACACCAUCUCAACAAUUACCCGUUAAUCCUCCUUACUCAGACGACGUGGAAGAAGAGGCCAAUUCCUAUUUUCAAAGGUUGUAUAGCCAAUCCCCCCAAGAUGUCUUAAGCGUCCAAGCUUUAUUAGAUAAAUUCAAGAUAUUUAAAGUUUCGAGUGACCAUCGUGAUAAAGCAGUUUAUUCAUGUAUGCUUCGAAGCCUAUUUGACGAAUAUCGAUUUUUUCAUCAAUAUCCUGAUAAAGAACUUGAGACAACAUCGCAAUUAUUUGGGGGUAUUAUUAAGGAGGGACUGGUAACUUACAUGAACCUAGGAUUGGCCUUACGCUAUGUGCUCGAAGCUCUUAAAAAACCAAACAAUGCAAAAAUGUAUUAUUUCGGUAUAACAGCCCUAGAAAAAUUCAAAACUCGGCUAAAGGACUAUCCGCAAUACUGUCAUCACUUAGCCGCACUACCGCAUUUUUCUUCGCUUCCUGAUAACUUGAAGGUAUUUAUCGACUGUGGAAUGAGAUCGCAAUCACCACCAACACCAGGUGCUAUUAGCUCUGUGUUACCACAUAACCCUGCGCCAUUAGAAACAUCGCUAUCAACGAUCUUACCAAGCGCUCGAAUGUCAACAGUUGCCUCUCAUCCAGCCUUACCUGCUGCCGCAGCACCGACACAAACAACUUCACAAGCAGUCCAACCAUCCCCUGGCUUACAGCAUGUCACAAUUCAGCGUCCUGUUCCUGGACAAGUUGUUGGAAAGCCGUCAAUAGCAAACACGACCAACAUUGAUACUUUACUUGCUAAUCAAGAUAAAUUUACAGUUCCUCCUGAAAGUGUUCAAGACAAAAUUGGCUUUAUAUUUAACAAUCUGUCAAAAGCAAAUAUGUCAGAAAAAUCGAAGGAAUUACGAGAGUGCGUUUCAGAAGAGUAUGUGCCAUGGGUUGCACAAUACCUUGUGAUGAAAAGGGCUUCUAUAGAACCGAAUUUUCAUAGCUUAUAUGACAAAGUAAUAUCAGAGUACAAUGCGCCUAAUUUCUUUGAUUUGGUUGUAAAGGAAACAUUUAGGAACAUUAAAGUACUCUUAACUAGUGAUAAAGGAGCAGCUAACUUCUCAGAUAGAUCUCUUCUCAAGAACCUUGGACACUGGCUAGGUCUACUAUCAGUUGGUAAAAAUAAACCAAUUUUAACUUCGGAUAUUGACUUGAAGUCUUUACUCUAUGAGGCAUACCAUCGAAGAAGCCAAGAAUUGCUGUAUGUUGUUCCCUUCGUCGCUAAAGUAUUAGAAUCCUGUGCAAAAAGUUCAAUAUUUGCCCCUCCUUGUCCGUGGACGAUGGGGUUGAUUAAUGCCCUCGCCGAACUUCAUCACGAACCGGACUUGAAACUUAACUUGAAGUUCGAGAUCGAAGUAUUGUGUAAAAAUCUUAGAGUGGACAUAGGUGAUUUGAAACCCAAACGCUACUUGAGAAAUCCUGAGCGAUACGCUAAAUUAGAAUUCCAGCUUUCUCCUCAAGUCCACCAAUUGCAACCACCUCCAAAGGACAUGGCCUCAGCAAUUGUCGCUCAGAUUCAACAUCCACCACUUACUCCAGAAACCCCAGUGAGUGCAGGGAUGGCAAUGCAACAAGUACACACUCCAGUUCAACAACCUGUUGUUACUCAAACUACUCAGCCGUGUACGCCACAAUUCUCAUAUAUGGACAUUAACCUGAAUACAGGUGUCAUGCCCUUAAUCACCGUUAAUGAGAAUUUACCAUUACUAAUUCAGUUUCCACAAGUGAAAAACGUCAUAAAACCAUUUAUUCAAACAGCAGUUAACGAACUUCUCAAACCUGGAGUAGAAAGGAGUAUUAAAAUUACAUUGAUGACAGUAGAACAUAUAAUCAAAAAAGACUUCGCUCUUGAGGGAGAUGAAACAAGAAUGAGAAGUGCUGCCCAGCAAAUGACCAGAAAUAUGACAGCUGGAAUGGCACUAAUAACUUGUAGAGAGCCCCUCUUAGUCUCUUUAGUGGAUAAGCUGAAAACAACCAUCAACACGGUCCUUCAAAAGCUUCCUGUUGUUAGUGCACAAUAUAUAAGUACAACUCAAAUGAAAGAUAUGAUUGAAUAUGCAGUCAACACGAUAAGUCAAGAUGCUAUUGAAGCUUGUGUAGCUUUCAUCCAGAAAACAGCAGUUGAGGAUGCUUUAGUUGAAAUUGACAAACGAUUAGCUUCAGAAUAUGAGAUCCGAAAGCAAGCUAGAGCUGAGGGUCGUCUACACAAAGAUACGAAUGUGCUGGCCUAUUUUCACGAAAGGAUGCCGGAACAGAUAAGAAUCAAAACAGGAUCUUCUCAAUUUAACGUCGUAUACGAAGAAUUCGGAAGAUAUAUUCCAGGGUUUUCCACCACUGGAAUGCCAUCAGCACCUUCAGUUUCAUCUGAAAUGCAGCAGAGCACACCGCUAAGGAUAACCAACUUUUCGGGAAUUAAUACAGACGAAUUAUGCUCGGGCUUCAAGCGUCUUCUUGCCAAGAUGGAAUCCGGAAUUCACCAACUGAUGAAUGUAAUUUUGCAGCCUAAUAUACAGAGUCAUUUAAACCUAUUGUUAGAAAAACUUGUGUCUGCGUCAAUGGCAGAUCGUGAUGGUCAUACAGCUACGUGUAGUGUCGUUGCUCAGGCAGUUGAUGGGCUGUUGGAGAGUUAUAGCACACAAGCUCAAAAUGUUGAUUUAUCAAGACUGGAGGAAUUCAGAAAGAUUCACAUGAUGGUUUUACAAGCCCUAUAUGAUUUAAAUCCACAUAGUCAACAGUGGACGGUUAAACAAGUGACUCGUUGCCUCAUAGAAAAGCGUGAUGACACCGUAAGAUGCGUGGAGGUUGUGGAGAGAUUAAUAAAAGCAAAGCUCGUUCACAUGCAACAGUAUGAUACAGCUCUAGGUCUUUUGAUUAAUGAUCAAGGUCAUUUGCAUAUGCUUCCAUUAGCAAUGACUCUUUGUGAAAAUCUACUCCUUCCAAAAGAGAAACAUGGAUUAACAACCCCGUUCUUGACAGAAUCUGAACUAUUUAACACUUAUAUGGCUUUAGAACGUCUUAUACAAGUUGGAGCAACGCCACCCAUUUUUACUGAUGGUUUAGGAGCUUUAGUAGAAAAAAUACGUCUAUAUCAAAACGAAGGCAGUAUGAUAGAACGAAAUUCAAGCACAGCUCCAAACAGUAUGAUGCAUUCGGGUAUUAUGCAAGCAAGAGAAAUUGAUGAUCCCCCAGGCCUGAGAGAAAAAGCUGAUGCUUUGUUAAGAGAAUGGGUUCACAUGUACCACCAACCAGCAGCUGGAAGAGAUUCAACCAAAGCAUUUUCUAACUUUGUUCAGCACAUGCAUCAGCAAGGUAUCCUUAAAACGGAUGAUCUUAUAACUCGUUUUUUCCGUCUGUGCACUGAAAUGAGUGUUGACAUGACAUAUAAAUUGAUGUCUGAACACGGAUCUCAACAUCAACCCUUACCAAUCAGUGUGAAAACUAAAUGUUUCCAAAGGUUGGAUGCCUUUGUACGUCUCAUAGCCUUACUUGUUAAACAUUCUGGGGAUGAAGCAAAUAUGGUUACUAAAGUUAAUUUACUUAACAAGGUUCUUGGUAUUGUCGCUGGCGUUAUGAUGCAAGAUCAUGAAUUACGUGAUGUUUCUUUUCAACAAUUACCAUAUCAUAGAAUCUUCAUAAUGCUAUUUAUGGAACUAAAUUCCCCCGAAAGAAUUUUAGAAAAUAUCAAUUAUCAAGUUCUCUGUGCUUUUUUUAACGUAUUUCACGUAAUGAGACCUUCUCGAGCUCCUGGAUUUGCAUUUGCCUGGUUAGAACUGAUUUCUCACCGUGUCUUUAUAGGUAGAAUGCUGGCAAUAACGCCAAAUCAACAAGGAUGGCCAAUGUAUGCUCAAUUGCUCAUUGACCUGUUUCGAUACAUGGCUCCAUUCCUAAGAAAUGCUGACCUCAAAAAAUCAACCUUGCUGUUGUAUAGAGGUGCACUUAGAGUAUUACUGAUCAUGCUACACGACUUUCCUGAACUGUUAUGUGACUACCAUUACGCAUUUUGUGAUGUUGUUCCACCAAACUGCAUUCAGAUGAGAAACCUUAUUUUAUCCGCAUUUCCCCGAAAUAUGCGUUUACCGGAUCCCUUUACACCAAAUUUGAAAAUUGAGAUGCUCCAAGAAAUUAACCAUGCGCCCAAGUGCCAAAUUAAUUAUGCAGGAGCUAUUCAACCAAGCUCCUUUAAGAAAGAUUUAGACUCUUAUCUGCUGAAUCGAGCUCCAGUUUCUUUCCUGUCAGAAAUGAGAAGCACUUUGCAACAACCUUGUCCUGAGCUUGGAACACGCUACAAUAUCAGCUUGAUGAACGCACUAGUGCUGUAUGUUGGAUCACAAGCCAUCAAUCAUAUAUACAGUCGAAAUCUGAGCCCUAAUAUGUCAGCUAUUGCUCACUCGGCUCACAUGGAUAUCUUUCAGAAUUUAGCUGUUGCUCUGGAUACGGAAGGUCGAUACAUUUUCCUCAAUGCUAUGGCCAAUCAUUUGCGUUACCCAAAUUCGCAUACUCAUUACUUCUCGAGCGCUCUAUUGUAUCUAUUUGCUGAAGCAAAUACCGAAGCUAUACAAGAGCAGAUUACUCGUGUGCUCCUUGAACGAUUGAUAGUCAAUAGGCCUCAUCCUUGGGGAUUGUUAAUAACGUUUAUCGAACUUAUAAAGAACCCCAGCUUUAAAUUCUGGCAGCAUUCAUUUGUUCAUUGCGCUCCGGAAAUUGAAAAAUUAUUUGAAUCGGUGGCAAAAUCAUGUAGUCAGCAAAAGCCGGCCCAUAAUUUACCUACUUCUGCUACUCCACCGCAUCAACAGGAGAAUAAUUCUGACUCGCAUCAGAUUAUAGCAUCUGCUUAA